AUGGAGGGCGGAAAGCCAAAUCUGUCCUUGGUCUACCAGGCCGUCCAGGCUCUCUACCACGACCCGGAUCCUUCGGGGAAAGAGCGAGCCUCGGUGUGGCUCGGGGAGCUUCAGAGAUCGAUGUACGCUUGGGAAAUCUCAGAUCAACUGCUUCAACUCAAACAGGAUGUUGAGUCCUGCUACUUUGCAGCUCAAACCAUGAAAAUGAAGAUCCAGACUUCAUUCUUCGAACUCCCCCCUGAGACUCACAAUGCACUGCGUGACUCACUUCUGACACAUAUCCAAAGUCUGAAAGACCUUUCACCCAUAAUUGUCACCCAGCUGGCCUUAGCCAUUGCAGAUCUUGCUCUUCAAAUGGCUACAUGGAAAGGAUGUGUUCACACACUAAUAGAAAAGUAUAACAACGACAUCAGCUCAAUGCCCUUUCUGAUAGAGAUUCUCACUGUGCUCCCUGAGGAAGUACACAGUCGCUCUUUAAGAAUUGGGGCCAAUCGUAGGGCAGAGAUCAUUGAAGAUUUAGCAUAUUAUUCAAGCACCGUUGUUACUUUGCUGACUUCGUGUGUGGAGAAGAGUGGUAAUGAUGAGAAAUUGUUAAUAAAAGUGUUCCGCUGCUUGGGGAGCUGGUUUAACCUUGGUGUUCUUGAUAGCAACUUUAUGGCCUCUAAUCAACUGUUGAUGGUGCUCUUCCAAGUGCUGCAGAGGGAUGAGACUCCAACCAACCUGCAUGAGGCAGCAUCCGACUGUGUUUGUUCUGCCCUCUAUGCUAUUGAGAAUGUGGACACAAAUAUGGCUCUUGCCCUACAGCUUUUUCAGGGCGUUCUUACUCUUGAAACAGCCUAUCACAUGGCAGUGGCCAGAGAGGAUCUUGACAAGGUGUUAAACUACUGCCGGAUUUUUACUGAGCUCUGUGAGACAUUUUUGGAAACGACAGUCAGGAGUCCAGGCCAGGGAAUGGGGGACCUGAGGACCUUGGAACUGCUUCUGAUUUGUGCUGGGCACCCACAAUAUGAGGUGGUGGAGAUCUCCUUUAACUUUUGGUACCGCCUUGGAGAACAUCUAUACAAGAUCAAUGAUGUGGCCCUUCACAGUAUUUUUAGGCCUUAUAUUCAAAGAUUGUUGCACUGUUUAGCACGACACUGUCAGCUGGACCCUGAUCACGAAGGAAUCCCUGAAGACACUGAUGACUUUGGGGAGUUCAGAAUGAGGGUCUCUGAUUUGGUUAAAGAUGUUAUUUUUCUUGUGGGGUCUUUGGAAUGCUUUGCACAGUUAUAUUCCACACUAAAACAAGGAAAUCCACCCUGGGAAGUAACUGAGGCUGUUCUUUUCAUAAUGGCUUCAAUUGCCAAAAGUGUAGAUCCAGAAAACAAUCCUACUUUGACGGAAGUCCUUGAGCAAGUGGUAUUGCUUCCAGAAAACGUCCAUAUGGCAGUACGCUAUACAAGCAUAGAGCUGGUUGGAGAAAUGAGUGAAGUGGUGGACAGGAACCCUCGAUUCCUUGACUCGGUCUUAAACUACCUAAUGAAGGGUCUAAGAGAAAAACCUCUAGCCUCAGCUGCAGCCAAGGCAAUCCACAAUAUCUGCUCAGUGUGCAGGGAUCACAUGGCUCAACACUUCCAAGGACUGCUGGAAAUAGCACGAUCUCUUGACUCUUUUGCUUUGUCAACAGAAGCUGCAGUUGGCCUGCUCAAGGGCACUGCUCUUGUUUUGGCUCGUCUUCCGUUAGAGAAAAUUGCAGAGUGUCUCAGUGAUUUGUGCACUGUUCAGGUCAUGGCGCUGAAAAAGCUUCUAGUAGAGGGAUCAGCAAAUGGUAAAUCAGCAGAUCCUACGGUGUGGCUGGACAGACUUGCUGUUAUAUUCAGGCACACAAACCCCAUAGUGGAAAAUGGGCAAACACAUCCCUGUCAGAAAGUUAUCCAAGAGAUCUGGCCUGUUCUGUCUGAAACCCUCAACACACAUCAGGGAGAUAAUAGAAUAGUGGAACGAUGCUGUCGAUGUCUCCGGUUCGCCGUUCGAUGCGUUGGGAAAGGUUCUGCGUCUCUGCUGCAGCCCCUUGUCACGCAGAUGGUGAGCGUGUAUCAGGUGCAUCCACAUUCCUGCUUCCUGUACCUCGGAAGUAUCUUGGUGGAUGAGUAUGGCAUGGAGCAGGGAUGCAGACAGGGCUUGCUUGAUAUGCUGCAGGCGCUGUGCAUGCCGACGUUUCAGCUGUUGGAGCAGCCGAACGGUUUACGAAAUCACCCAGAUACAGUAGAUGACCUGUUCAGACUGGCGACAAGGUUCGUCCAGAGAAGUCCUGUCACUUUACUUGGUAGUAGUAUAGUGGUCCACAUUAUUCAAUGUGCCAUUGCAGCCACUUCCUUGGAUCAUAGAGAUGCCAACUGCAGUGUCAUGAAGUUUGUUCGGGACUUUGUACAUAGUGGCGUAGCAAAUGAUCAUGAAGAAGAUUUUGAAGUAAGGAAGCAGCUGAUUCGUCAGGCCAUGGAGCAGCAUGGUCAGCAGCUCGUCACUCAGCUCGUGCACUCGUGUUGUUUCUGUCUACCCCCGUACACGCUGCCAGACGUCGCAGAAGUGCUAUGGGAAAUCAUGUUUUUUGACCGGCCGACGUUCUGCCGUUGGCUGGAAAACGCUUUGAAGGGUUUACCAAAAGAGACAGCAGGAGGAGCUGUGACAGUCACGCACAAACAACUUACUGAUUUUCAUAAACAAGUCACCAGUGCUGAGGAAUGUAAACAGGUGUGCUGGGCCAUCAGAGAGUUCACCCGGCUCUUCCGAUAG